UUUUUUCUCAUCAUCCUCAUUCCUCCCAUCGCCACACUCCUCAUUCCUCCUCUCCCCCUUCACACCCAAGUGCACUCCAGUCUAGCCAUGACCUCGUCCACCUUUCAAGAUACCGUGAACCAGUUUGUGCUCUCCAAGGAGCAGGUCCAGAAGAUCAUCGAUGGUCUGACCGAGGAGCUCGUCGAAGGUCUUUCCACCACCGAUCCCAAGAACAUCACCCAACAGCCCUCAUUCAUCACCCGUCUCCCCACUGGCAAGGAGACCGGUCUCUAUCUCGCCAUUGACAUGGGUGGCACGAACCUCCGCACCGCUGCUGUCCACUUGCUCGGCGACGGGCAAGUCGGUGUCACUAUGGAGAAGCACGAGAUCACUCAGGAGCUCAAGACCGGAACCGGCGAGGCCAUGUUCGACUGGAUUGCCGAUUGCACUGCCGCACUCUUGAAGAGUGUUGCCCUGGAUAUGGGCGAUGCCGAGCUUCAGAUGGGUGUCACUUUCUCCUUUGCUAUCCAGCAGACCGCCAUUAACCGCGGCAAGGUUCUGGCCAUGGGCAAGGGUUUCGAUCUCUCGGAUGUGAUGGGCAAGGACCUCAAGGACCUCCUCGAGGACGGAUUCACCCGCAAGGGCUUGAACGUUAAGGUUUCUGCCAUCAUCAACGACACUGUUGGUACCCUUGUCUCGCACGCCUAUGUUUCGCCGUCCACCAAGAUCGGUGUCAUCCUCGCCACUGGCACCAACGCAGCCUAUAUCGAGCGUGCCUCCGAGGUCUCCAAGUAUAACGGUCCUGCCUGCGACCAGAUGAUCCUGAACACCGAGUGGGACGCCAUGGGCAAGGCUGAGUAUCUUCCCCAAACAAAGUACGAUAAGGAGAUCGAUGCUGUCUCGCUUGUUCCUGGAUUCCAGGAGUUUGAGAAGAUGGUCUCGGGUCUAUACAUGGGAGAGCUCGUCCGUUUGGCCCUCGUUGACUUGAUUCAGCAGAACGCCAUUCUUGAGCACCUCGGCGGUAAGGUUCCCGAGUCUCUUCAGCCCCGCCUUUCGUUCAAGACCCUGUUCAUGUCCACGAUCGAGUCCGACCACAGCUCCGACCACACUGGUGUCGACAAGGUCUUCAAGACCAGUUUUGGCAUCGAGGGUUUGACCAACAAGGACCGCUCGCACAUCUACCAGCUGAUCCACAGCAUCGGAAAGCGUUCUGCCACCAUGACCGCCGCUGCCUGUGUUGCUCUCCUCAACAAGGCCAACGGUGCCUCAGUCAAGCUUGACGACCCCAACGAAAUUACCACCAUUGGUAUUGACGGAUCUGUCUUUGAGAAGUACCCUCACUUUUCUCAUAGCAUGAUGGAUUCCUUUAUCGAGAUCAUGGGCCAGGACCGUGCCUCACGCAUCCGCCUUGAGCUCGCUCGCGAUGGUGGUUGCAUUGGUGCCGCCUUGGUUGCCAUGGUUGCCCAUAGCGGCGGAGCUGUCUAAAGAGUGACAACGCCCCUGUCGUCCUAUACUCCAUAUAUCACCCCUCCAUAACCAUUAGCUUGUAACAUAAUCUUCCUUCCCGCCAUAGUCGACAUUCCUCCCGUUGUCAAUUCGAAUAGCAAAGCCGUUUAUACAUAAAAAAAAAACUAUUCUCAACCGC